AUGGCAGCCGCAGCAAGCAUUCCCAAGCACGAUGUAAACACCAUUCUCAACUUUUUCAAGGAUAACGAGGACGGCUCUCCUCCAGAACCUUCAUAUGUUGGAAAGCCUGAGACGUUUAUCAAUAGGCCGAUUGCAUCGCACCAGGUAACCAUCAACGACAUUGCGGGAGAAGAGGAUAAGUACACCCUCGACAAGAGCGGAUUCCAGAUACAUCGCCAUACUUCCAUUGAGAAGGACUUCUUGGACGAUGAACAGAUCAAGGCAAGCUAUUAUCCGGAGACAGAGCAACUCCUCAAGGAUGUGACCGGAGCAUCCAAAAUCUUUAUCUUUGAUCAUACUAUCCGCCGCCACAACCCCGACGACACUGCCGCCGCGGCGAAUGCCGCCCUUCGUGGCCCUGUCCAGCGCGUCCACAUCGAUCAGUCUUACACAGCGGCCCUGUCGCGCGUUCCGUAUCACCUUCCCGAGGAAGCGGAAGAGCUCACAAAGGGUCGCGUACAGAUCAUCAAUGUCUGGCGUCCGAUCAAGCAGAUCCAGCGGGAUCCCCUAGCCGUUGCCGAGGCAGACUCGGUUGUAGAAGAAGACCUCGUGCCAAUAGGGUUGAUCUACCCUACCCGGAAUGGAGAGACGCUCAGCGUGAGAUAUAACGAAGGACAAAAGUGGUUCUACAAGUCUGGCUUGACGCCUGAGGAAGUCCUCCUCAUUAAGUGCUUUGACAGCAAGACGGACGGAAGAGCACGACGGGUACCGCACACCGCAUUCUCGGACUCGAGCUCGCCUUCAAAUGCGCCAACUCGGGAGAGUAUUGAGGUCCGAGCCUUGGUAUUCCACCCGGACGAUAGGGAAUAG